UGUUUGGUUGGGUGAAGAGCGACCCAGCAAACACACUCCGUCACCCGUGUGUGCGUUGUGUUGCGGUGUGUGGUGGCUUUGAAACCAUAAAUGUAAUUAGCAUGUCCAGAGCUACGAUACGGGAGCGUUUUUAAGAAUGGACGUUGUGUAAAGCAUCGGUGUGCGGUGUUUAUUAGUAGACCUUGGAAGGGUCCGUAGUAUCGUCAUGUGUUUCGGUCAGCCCAGUCAUUGGUUGCGCUGGGUGGGUUUGUGUGUACCACAUUGUCGUCGAUUGUCGGCUAACGACUAGAAGGUCCAACUAUUUGUCGCAAUAGGCAGUGACAUCGAGUGUGCGUUGGAAGUUCAAGCAUCGUUGGUUCUAAUUGACGGUGCGAAGUGAACAACAUUGGGUGUCUUUGUUGUUGAGCGCUUGCUAUGAGCGUGCAAAGAAGAAGGGUGCUCUGCAAACAUUGGCUAUAUGCGUCGUCAGUGUGUUAAUAGCCCUAGAACCUAGCAAAACGAUAUUGCAAUAUUGCGACACGAAAGUAGUGCCUUAAGUGAGUGUAUCGUAAGGGAGUCACAUCGAAAGUAUUUUUUUUUAAAGUACAACUAGCCGUAUUGGAGUGGUGAAAUUAGCAUUUUACAGUUCAGUGAACUUGUGUGUGUCGUUCAUGGCGUGACAGUUGUUAAGGCGCAAGUGUACACCGUCUCGCCCUAACUCACCCGCUUUUCGUGCACACCACACACGUGUGAUUGCAUGCAAAUAUGGUGCACCUUUAUCAGACGACGACCGCACCGCAACCGUCCCCGAAGACGGUGACGAAGCCGGCCAGCUUUAUGGCCAGCCUGAAGGGUCUGUUUUUCCGCACCAACCAGUCGAAACCGAGCACCGAAGGUCCGAACACACGCCCCAAAUCGCUGUGGACCCGCAACUCGGCACCGCAAGCACCGAUUGCCUCGCCCGAGUCGGGAAGUGAACCGUCGUCGCUAGUGUUGCCCCGCGUACCGGAAGCGCCCAUCCAGCCGCUGACCGUACACCGCACCGUAACGAUACAGCUGCCCCACCACGGCGACAAUCGGUACGACAUCCGGAGCGGCCGGUCUCGCGGUCUCGGCAAGGAUCGAAGGCGCGCCAAGGCAGCGAUCAAACCCGUCAAGCGGCGCUCCUUCGGCAAACGCAUCAACAACCUGUGGAGCAACUUUGGUCUGCUGCGAAGUUCGGAGAAAAUCGUGGAGUUUGCCAACGGUCACGCUGCCUUUCAACACGUGCGGGAAAAUUUGACAGAUCUUAAUGGGCGCUCGGAGGCGAACGAAACGGAUCUGGUAUUUCUGCAAGGAAUACUGGCCAACCCAGCCGUUACGCAGUUGAUUAAGAUCCAAGACAAACUCGAGGAAGCACCAGCGCCACUGCAUCCAGUGCGAGUGGACAACGCGCCCCUACUGAAGGAGGUGAUCGAUCGCUGUAGCCUGUCGAGGAAUCCGCACGCCCGUGAGCUCGCUCGCAUCUUCCGCUAUCCACACUUUCGCGCCCUGCUCGAAGCGCACGACGAGAUCGGUGAGACGCAGCUCGAAAAGCUAAAGCAUCCCCCCACGUCCGCCACGUCCAGCCCGGGUGGCAACAGUCAGUACCAUCAGGCCAGCUCAUCCAGCGAGACAGUCGACGGGUCCGGUGUGGAGCUGCUCACCAUCAACGAUAUGCCCGGGGAAACGAUCAAGAUGGUCGGGAUCCGGAGAAAUCCGGACGAACCGCUCGGCCUGACGGUGGAGGUCGACGAGCACAAUCAGCUGGUGGUGGCCCGAAUCAUCGCGGGCGGCAUGAUCGAUCGGCAGGGCCUGCUCCAUCCGGGCGACGUCAUACUGGAGGUGAACGGGGUGCCCGUGACCACGCCCGAGGAGCUGCAGGGCGAGAUCUCGGUCGCGAAGGAGUCGGUAACGUUGAAGAUUGGGCCGAGCGUCGAGGAGGAGAUGAAAUCUGCCCGCAUCACCAUGGCCGGUGGACAGGUAAAGAAUGGAAGAAAUUUAGACUCGGGCAAGAAGCUGACGUGUUAUAUGCGGGCGCUGUUCGAUUACGACCCAAAUGAGGACAAUCUGUUACCGUGCAAGGAGAUUGGGCUGUCGUUUUUGCGCGGUGACAUACUGCAGAUUAUCAACGUGAAGGAUCCAAACUGGUGGCAGGCGAAGCAUGCGGGAGAGGAUGGACCAACGGGGCUCAUACCGUCCCAGGAGCUGGAGGAACGCCGCCAGGCGUACGUACCUCCGGAGGCAGAUUUCGUGCAUAAGAUAGGCAUUUGUGGAACAAGGAUUUCAAAGAAGAAGCGAAAGAUACUGUACAAAACGAAGCAGAAUAGCGAGUUCGAUAAAGCGGAUCUGAUGCUGUACGAGGAAGUUACCAAAAUGCCACCAUUCAAGCGGAAGACACUGGUGUUGGUGGGCGUGGCCGGAGUUGGACGACGAACGCUAAAGAACCGACUGAUCAACAGCGAUCCGGAUAAGUUUGGAUCAGUACUGCCGCACACUUCACGUCAACCGCGACCGCUGGAGGAGUCGGGCAAGGCCUACUGGUUUACCGAUCGUGAAGAAAUGGAGCAAGAGAUCCGGGAGAACAAGUUCUUGGAGUUUGGUGAGCAUAAUGGUAAUCUGUACGGUACCCAUCUGGAUUCGAUUCGUGACGUUAUCCGGCAAGGUAAAAUGUGUGUACUGGAUUGUUCACCGGCAGCACUGAAGACUCUGCACAACAGUCCCGAGUUUAUGCCGUUCGUGUUGUUUAUUGCGGCACCAGGAAUGGAGCAACUGAAGCUGCUUUACUCCGAGCGCAGAUCGGCCAGUGGAUCGACGAGGAACUUGCAUUUUGAUCGUCAAAGCUCUAUACGCUUCAGCUCCCGUCGAGCAAAGACUCUGGAAUCGUUGGCAUCGCUGUAUGAGGACGAUGAUUUGAUAUCGGCGGUCGAGGAGAGUGCACUGCUCCAGCGAAAGUACGACAAGUACCUGGACAUGGUCAUUGUGAACGAAGACUUCGAUGACACAUUCCGGCAGGUGACGGAAGCGCUAGAGCAGCUGUCACACGAGCACCAGUGGGUCCCGGUAAACUGGAUCUACUAGACUCCAUGCGUCCGUCUACUCGGAUGCAGAUCUGCAAAACAAAAUGUGUUCAAAUCAUUCGGCUUGCAAA